AUGUCCUUCAACCAGACUGAUGAUGUUCCCCUACCCCAAUUCUAUGGAUACAACCAUCAUGAUACACUUUACUAUCAACAGUACUACUACGGUCACCCGCCAUAUCAGGCUUAUGCAUACUACUACGGAAGCAUCCCUUGCCAUAAUGUGAGCAAUGGCUUAGCUCAUGAAUUACCUCAGCAACCCAGAAGAACCUUGGAACAAGAGACUCAGCCAGCAUUUCCGAACAGAAGAGAAGCACCUCGAUAUAGAGGUGUGAAAGAGAUAAGCAAAAAAGGAGUUCACAAAGUUUUAAUAUACAAUAUCCCCGGUGGACAUCGCUCCUAUGUCUUCCAAUUUGCCAGAAGAACAGCCAGAGAAAAUAUCUCUUCUUACGUUUGUAUGCAGUGCAAGAAGCUAAGGAAAUAUACUGCAGUAAUGGUAGAAGGGGACGAGUUCCUCGAAGACCCCACAAUGCUCAAUCAUCUUUGCCUUCCGGUCGAAUGGGCACGGGAUCAGGCAGAAAGGCUAUCCUAUCAGGUAGACCACCUGGUAGAGGUCUGA